AAAAGUUGUGUGGCUGGGGGAGUUCCAGGAAGUCACUCAUUCAGCAGUUCCGGGAGGUCCAGGAAGCCCACGGCCUGGCUCAGGUACCAUCUCUGCCGCCAGGCCACCAUGGUCCUUGGCUGGCUACUACUUCUGGUGAUGGCUCUGCCCCCAGGCACGAUGGGUAUCAAGGACUGCAUCUACUGUGAGCCGACCGACUCCCAGCACUGUCCUGGCACCCGCAUGCGCUGUGGCGACGAUGAGGACUGUUUCAUAGGCCGUGGGAUUGCCCCAGGCACUGGCCCAAUCAUCAGCAAGGGCUGUGUGCACGCCACUAAAUGUGGCCGGGAGGAACCCGUCACCUACAAGGGCGUCACCUACACCCUGGCCUCCACCUGCUGCACCGGCAACCUGUGUAACAAUGCCCCUGGCCCUGCAGGCAGUCGGACAGCAGGGACUGCCUUCGGUCUGGCGCUGGGGCUGGGCUUGCUGCUUCCUCAACAUUUGCUGUGACCAACAGGGAGGGCAGGGCCUGGGACUGGUCUCUCAGCUCCGCUGUUCCCUGUGCCCCUACCUCCUUCCCCCAUUAAAUGGCCAGAGGCCCUGGACAACCUCUUGUGGCCCUAGCUUCAUCCAUUCUGGGGCUGUCCACCAGGAGCCCAGUGCUUGGUGAAGCAUACUCAGGCCUGACUUAACAAUGGGGGACACAGUCUGUGGGUUUGAUCACACUACUGUAUUUCAUUAGUUCUUAGAUGCAGAGCUUUCCACAUUUUGAUCAGGAUGUUUCUUUCCACAGGUUGUACCUUAGAGUUGAUGAAAUAUGGUAAAAAACAAACAACAACAAAAAAAAAUCUAUACGAUAAUAAUUAUAAUAAAUGACAGCUGAGACAUUUAUGGAGCACUUCUUAUGUUAUGUGCCAGGCACUAUCAUCGCACCGAUCCUCACGGGAAGCUGGGAAGGUAGCUACUCUUCAAAAUAUUCCAGUCUCGGCGGGGCUCGGUAGCUCAUGCUUGUAAUCCUAGUACUCUGGGAGGCCGAGGUGGGUGGAUUGCUUGAUCUCAGGAAUUCAAGACCAGCCUGAGCAAGAGUGAGACCUUGUCUCUACUAAAAAUGGGAAAAAAACUAGCAGGCAUCAUGGAGGGUGCCUGUAGUCCCAGCUACUUGAGAGACUGAGGCAGAAGGAUUGCUCAAGCCCAAGAGUUUGAGGUUGCUGUGAGUUAUGAUGCCACAGCACUCUACCCAGCGCAACAGAGUGAGACUCUGUCUCAAAAAACAAAAAAACUCCCCCAAAUAAUCCAGUCUUACCACUAGCAGUUCUCAGAGUAUGGUCCUCAGACUGGCAGUAUCAGCAUCACUUGGGAACUCUCGACAAAUGGACCCAAUGAAUGGGCGUGAGGCCCCACAGCUGUGUUCUAACAAGUCCCCUGGCAGUUCUGAUGCACACUUGAGGUUGAAGUGUUCAAGCACUUCACUGGGCUCGAGCAAUGCUCUCAGCUGGCUACCUCUGCUCUCCAGGACACAUCUGGCAAUGUCUGGAGACUUUUGGGAUUGUCAUAAUUGGCAGAGAGGGUGGUGGCAGAUGGGGGAUGUGAUGCAACCACCUGGUAGGUCGAGGCUGUAUUCAGCCUCACUGUAUUCACUGUCCCACUGUGCAUACAGUGGCCCCCAUAACAAACAAACAUUCAGUCCAAAAUGUCUGUUGAGAAAUCUUGUCCUAGAGGCACUAACCAAAUCAGCCCAUUCUCUGGGCACAGAGAGGUGAAGUACGUUGCCCAAAGUCACACAGUAACUGGCGGAGCAAGGAUCUGAAUCCAGGCCAUCUGGCCCCAGAGUCUAUGCCCCCAACUCCCCAUAGUGCUGUGACCCAAUGAGGUAGAUGAUGUUAUUAAUUGCACUUUCCAGAGGGGGAAACUGAAACUGAGAGUGAGGGAGGAACCAGCUCAGCAUCAGAGGGCUUAGAAGUGGCUGAGCCAGGGUUUGGGGUCAAUUGGACUUCAAGGAAAGAAGUGAUGUGAGCCCAUCUGUGGGCCAGGCCAUUUGCACACUGGUUCUUACUUUUUUACAGACUCUCAGAGAGGUAAAGUUACUAACACAGGCAGAACUCUGACUCCAAUUCAGGGAGGCCGAGGUGGGUGGAUAUCGUGUAGGCUGAUAUCCAUCUAGUUUUGAAUUCCCCCACCGCCAA